UCAGAAGAGAUACCCUCAUUAGAUUCAACACGGCCAUAUUUCCGCUCAAGCUACAGUCGUCGCUUCGCUUCAGCCGUACUGAAGGCAAAAUCACGAUUUCAACUCAACUACACUCAAGUCGCUUCCCUUCGUUUAAAACCCGAGCAAGAUGUCGUCCUUUAUUCAACAGCAAAAAGAAUACACGGCUUCCUCGGGAAGGGCGAUACAACCCACGCCAUGCCAGCCUUACCAUCCACCUUGCCCGUUCACCACACAAGCUUCGUUGGAUGGUCCUUCGGAUUGGUUGGAGGAUUCCGCGCAAGACUUGAUGAAUGAGCACCCUCCAUCGAUCAUCCCUGGGAUUAGUCCCAGCCAGGUGUACUUGCUUUCACAAAAGGUCAAGGGCCUAUACACACCGAAUGAUUUGUGGAAUGCUCGAUGUUUGUCCCCUGCGGAGCGACACGAGCUCUACGUCUCUUUCGGGAUAUUUGGUCGCAUCAUGCAAAGCCACGACCCUAGCUCUCCAGAAUACACUAGUGCUUUUGAUAAGAUCAAAGAAAAGAGCAAGAAUAUUGCCCAACAGGAGGCACAGUGGUAUGCUCAAUUUGCCGAUAAGCGGAAGGGGACUCUUGAGCAGCGGACUAAGCGAUUCAAAGACAUUGUGGUCGAACAGAUGCAGGCGGUUGACAUUAGUGCCGUUUCUCAGGCAAGCAGCGCCUCUUCUUCGACACAGGUUGCCUCGCUAGGAAAGCAGCUUGGUGCAGAUAACAACACUGCAAUCGUCAUUGACGAUGAGCAAGACAGCUCUCCAAGACCAUCGCGCGAGCAGAAGCGCCGUGCACCAGAGCCAGAAGUUGGUGAAGACUGCCGACCCGCCAAACGAGUCACACCAGAAUUGGACGAGUCAGUGCGACUGGAAAGGGAAUUGAAAGCUGAGUUGGAACACCAACGAUAUCUCGACCAGAAGGAGAUGAUUGACCGUACCUACCUUGAUGGCGAUUGCUCGCGGAAACCAACAGAUCCCGAGUGGCAGAAGCUAGCUGCGUUCGAUGUCUUUGAGGCUGCGAAGCAAAUCCCUCAGCUAAAAAAGAAACGCCGACAAUCAUCGCCCGAGGAAGAUCGACAGGCAUUUGCAGAUCUAGACGUCCGCUUCCGGCUUCCAUCCCGCGACUUAGCAUCAUACCCGCUGAAGACACCAGACAAGUACAUGUGUCUUCACGUCGACUCAGGAUGCGGAGGCAGCAAGGAUUGCACCUGCAAGAAACACGAGUGUUGCCGCAACGGCUUUACUCUCCGCCAGCUCGAGGGCGCUGUCAAGCGCAAGUACGAAAGGGUUUGUUCGAAGAUUGAAGAACAGGCUUUCCUACAUGGAAAUUUGGACCAGAAUUACAAGACGUGGGAGAAUUGGUUCAGCAAGGAGAUGCGGGAUCGAGACUCGACUCGCGUCAAGGCUUGCAUGCCACCACUGGAGUGGAAGCCUGAUCCGCGCAUGGCAGGAGUGAAUUCGGUUGCGCAGCAUGCGCCAGCUUCUCGACAAGCUGCUGCCAAAAAGCCUCGCGCGAAACCUCGAUCUGCGCUUGAGCGACUGCAAAAGAGGCAGAGGGAAGAGCAAGGGAGGCAGGUGGAGGAAGCGAUAUCACAGACGAUGCAGGCGGUUGUCAGAGACGCGGAAGAGAGUGGAAGCCAAGGAGCUGAACAAGCUUCCCCUGGUGUACCCACGGAGGUGUGCGAGGGGCGUGAACGGCCAGAUCGGGCUCCCAUUCAGGUUGAGCAUCAGGAAGCGGAGGAGCCAAUCUCGAGGCUUGAAGAGAAGAGCCCUGAGGAUGAUAGGGAUGAAGAUCUGGACCUUGAGUUGUUUGGCGAGCCAUCAAACGAAGAUAGCAACAAUGGUUCCGAUUGGGAACAACCCAGUGGAGGCUCCCAACCUGGACUUUUCGACGCUUCCGAGCUGGCAGAUAUCUUCAAUCCUGCCGUGCCAGUUUCAGGGGAGGGUUUCAAUUUGACGGGGCUGAGCGGAGGCUCCAAUACGGGAAUGUUCGACGCUUCUGAGAUGACUGAUAUUUUCGAUCCUACCCUACCAAUCUUGGGAGAUGGUUUCAGCAACGAUUUUUUUGAGGACUUGUUGUAGGGGAGGAAGACAAAAGGUGUCUAAGACGAUUCUUGUUUUCAACGUAUAAUUUUGUCAUUGGGGCGGUGGAGUUGUAGUUGAGUCAACAACAUUGGCAUCUCACGUAUUUUUACGACGCAACAGUAAUCCCUCAAUACUGUUUAUGUUCC